GUUAGGAGCGCGCCAAGUAAGACUCUACCCGGCACCCAAAUAUGGAUUUUACCAAUCGUAAUUGGAUGUACGAUAGACAUAAUCCUGGAAAGAGGGGCCGGGUUAAAGAGGAAUUUAAAAUAGGGGUCGAAAUGUUUAUCAAUACAGUAAAAUAUAAUGACAUUGUGAUACGUGAAGGGGGAAUUAGAUGUCCGUGUGUACUUUGUCGAUGUACAAGAAUACGGAGCGAAGAUGAAAUUAGGUCUCAUUUAUAUAAAAAGGGAUUCCAACCUAAUUAUUGGGUUUGGUCAAGUCAUGGCGAGGGAUGUUCCACGACUGUUCCCGUGAAUCAAAAUCGUGCUUCAAGCAGUGUUUUUCAGCCCGUUGUUGUUCCCGAAUAUUAUCAUCAGCAUUAUGAUCCGUUUAAUGAGAUGGACAAUAUGAUAACUAAUGCCCUUGGGUUUAAUACGCCGAUUUAUGUGCCAAAUGAUGUCGACGACCCUGCUGAUGAUGAAUAUGACGCUGAUGUUAACGUCGAGAGACCAAAUGAGGAAGCCCAGCGAUUUUUUGAUCUUUUGAAAGAGACAAAUACACCGUUGUGUGAAGGCUCUCGAGACUCAAAGUUAACGGUGUGUAUUAGACUUUUGGGUAUCAAGUCUGAAUGUCUUGUUUCAGAAUACACCAUGGACUUGAUAACGAAACUGAUGUUGGAUAUAACAAUAGACCGUCCUCUUGAUUUGCCAAAAAAUUAUUACGAAGCAAGACAAUUGGUUGCAAAGUUAGGACUCGGAGCGAAGAGAAUUGACUGUUGUGUUAACGGGUGUAUGUUGUACUAUAGCAACGAAUUUGGUGUAGAUGACGGUGCAUUACUUGAAUGUAAAUUUUGUCAAGAACCAAGAUAUCGUGUAACAAGAAAUUCACGGUCAGUCAGAAGGAAGUCAAUCCCAAGAAAGGCGAUGUUCUAUUUACCCAUAAUACCAAGGUUGCAAAGGUUGUAUGCAUCGAUGCAAACUGCCAGUAAAAUGACAUGGCAUCGUGAAAACUAUGAAAGGAGAAAAAUGUCAGAUGGAUUUACACCAUAUACUCAAGUAUCAGCCACUCCAUAUUCAUGUUGGCCUGUUUUGGUUACCCCGUACAAUCUUCCUCCUGAUAUGUGCAUGUCAAAACCUUACAUGUUUUUAGCCGCUGUAAUACCAGGCCCAUCAAGUCCAACUGUUGGUAUUGAUAUCUAUUUACAACCUUUGAUUGAUGAUUUGAAGAGAUUGUGGAACGGUGUUGCGACGUAUGAUAUCAACCAAAAAUGA